ACGCCAGUUUGGGACAGAGCCUGGGCAGCCGCGCGCGCGCCACAGCUCGCAGCACGCAUUCGAACGACGCCGCGGCGACGUCUGGUUACUGCCGAAGCAUUGAGGCAGCACGCACGCGCGAGUAAGGUGCUGCUGUGCAAAGGGCAGUGGGGCAGCACAGUAGCACAGCCAGCAAAAAACCGGGACAGCCAGCCAAAAACAAGCAAUGGGCGCCGGCGCCUCGUCGCAGUACCGCGCGGGCGACGCGAACCACCGGCCGCCGUCCUUCGCCGAGGCGGUGGCGACGAAGCGUCGAACGACCCCGAACAUCAACGUGGUCGUCGACGGCAUGAACGUGGCCCUGGCGAACGUUCCCGACUACGAGAAGGAUCCUGCAACGAGGCGCCAGUGCGCCCUCGAAGGCUUGCGGCUCUGCGUCGAGUUCUUGAUCGAGGCCGACGUCGCCUUCAAGAUCUUCGCGCCGCGGGGCUGGGUCGACGACCACCCCGAGACGGAGCCCCUGCAGCGCUCUAAAUUGCUGUUCGCCACACCGGGCGGCGCGGACGACCGGUUUCUGUUGAGGCACGCGGAAGCGCACGGCUCCUUCGUCGUCUCGAACGAUAGAUUUAUGGACCACGCGCGAGAUAGAGGCUACGCGCAGCGGUGGUUGGACUAUAGACGGGUGCCGUUCAUGUUCGACCCGUCCUUCGCGCCGGACCCGGACGCCGUCGCGCGCAUCCGAAUCGCGGCCGACGGCCGCGCGCCGGCCUGGGCGGCGGGGCCCGGCUGCGAGGACAUGGUCGACUCGUCGCCGGAGGUCGAGCGGCAUCGACCUCGCAGCCGGCCGCACUCGCCGGAGCGGUCGCCGCCGUCGCCCGUCUUUUCGCCGCACUCGCCGGACGCGUUCAGCCCGAAUCGCCGGUCCGAAGCCUUGGAACGCCUCGCCGCGAUCAACGACGCGACGGCGGCGCGCGUCGAGGCCGCCGCAGACAUCGUCUUGGGACCGGCGGGCCCGGCGAAGCUGGAUGACACUACCGAAUGCCUCGCGGUGCCGCGGGCCGCCGUCGGGCGCGUCAUCGGCAAGCGCGGCGCCACGAUCAAGGGCAUCGAGCGGGACUCGGGAUGUAGGGUGAGGGUGGUCGACGGCGACGACGACGGCGACGACGCCGAGGUGCGCGUGUCGCACCCGGACGAGGCGCGGCGCGCGGCGGCCCUGGACGCCGUGCUGGCCAUCGUCGAGCGCGACCAGUACCGGCCGCCGCCGUCGCGCGGGAACACGGCCGACCGGGGCCGGCGGGACGAGUUUUAGUUGAGUCCUAUAAAGAUAUCAG